AUGUCUAGUAUUAAAGAAAGAAUUAAUACUGAUACUUCCUCAUUAGACAUUGAGUUUGAACCUUAUAGAGUUUCAAUUGAAAAAUGUGAAAAACAGUUUAAUACUGAUUUAAAUAAUGGUUUAAAUAACGAACAAGUAAAAGAAAGUGAAAAAGUCCACGGAAAGAAUAAUUUAGGUGAAGAUGAAUCAAUCAGUUACACAAAAAUUUUGGCUCACCAAGUUUUCAAUGCUAUGAUUUUAGUAUUGAUUAUUUCAAUGAUUAUUGCCUUUGCCAUCAAAGAUUGGAUAUCUGGUGGUGUUAUUGCAGGUGUGGUUGGAAUAAAUAUUGGAAUUGGUUUUAUCCAAGAAGUUAAAGCUGAAAAAACUAUGGGUUCUUUGAAAAACUUAUCAUCCCCUACUGCUAGAGUCACUAGAAAUGGUGAUGACGAUACUAUUCCUGCUGAAGAAGUUGUUCCUGGUGACAUUGUCCACAUUAAAGUUGGUGAUACUGUUCCUGCUGAUUUAAGAUUAAUCGAUACCAUGAACUUGGAAACCGAUGAAGCUUUAUUAACUGGUGAAUCUUUACCUGUUAAUAAAAAUCAUGAAAAAGUCUAUGAUGACUUUGGUACUCCUGUCCCAGUUGGUGAUCGUUUGAAUUUAGCUUACUCUUCUUCUGUGGUCUCAAAAGGUAGAGGUACUGGUAUUGUUGUUGGAACUGGUUUAAACACUGAAAUCGGUAAAAUUGCCUCCUCUUUAAGAUCAACAAGUUCAAUUAUUGUUAAAGUUGAUAAAUCUGAAGAUAGGGACGUCAAAAAGAGAGAAUAUCCAAUUGCUGCUUCUAAAACUGUUUACAACAUUAUUGCCAAUAUUUUGGGUAUUAAUGUUGGUACUCCAUUACAAAGAAAAUUAUCAUGGUUAGCUAUCUUUUUAUUCUGGGUGGCUGUUAUUUUUGCUAUUGUUGUUAUGGGAUCCCAAAAAUUCAUUGUUAAUAAAGAAGUAGCUAUUUAUGCUAUUUGUGUGGCUUUAUCAAUGAUUCCUUCAGCUUUGAUUGUUGUUUUAACCAUCACUAUGGCUGUUGGUGCUCAAGUUAUGGUUAACAAACAUGUUAUCGUUAGAAAAUUAGAUUCUUUAGAAGCCUUAGGAGGUAUUAAUGAUAUUUGUUCUGAUAAAACCGGUACCUUAACUCAAGGUAAAAUGAUUGCUAAAAAAGUAUGGAUUCCAAAUGUUGGUACUUAUCAAGUUGAUAAUUCAAAUGAACCUUUCAAUCCAACUGUUGGUGAUAUUUCAUUUACUAAAUAUUCACCUUUAUUCAUUAAAGAAUCUGAUGAAGAAAUUGAUUUCAUUCCAAAACCACCUCAACCACAUCCUAUUAAUUUCGAAAAUUGGUUAAAAACUGCUACUUUGGCUAAUAUUGCUACUAUAAAUGAAGCCAAAAACGAAGAAGGUGAAUUAGAAUGGAAAGCUCAUGGUGAUGCUACUGAAAUCGCUAUUCAAGUAUUCGUUACCAGAUUAGGUUACGGUAGAGAAGAAUAUAGUAAAGGAUUUGAUCACUUGGCAGAAUUUCCUUUCGAUAGUUCUAUUAAAAGAAUGUCUGCUGUUUACAAAACUACUGAUAAUAAAACUGAAGUUUACACCAAAGGUGCAGUUGAAAGAGUCUUAGGCUGUUGUACUCAUUGGUUAGGUCAUAAUGUUGAUGAAAUGAAUAACAAAGAAUUUGAUGUUCAACAAUUGGUUGAAUUAACUGAACAAGAUAAAAGAUUAAUUGAAGAUCAAAUGAAUUCAUUGUCUGCUCAAGGUUUAAGAGUUUUAGCUUUUGCUACCAAUGAUGUUACUGAUGAUUCAAGUUUUGAUAUCGAAAAGCGUGAAGUUGUUGAAACUAAAUUGACUUUCCAAGGUUUAAUCGGUAUUUAUGAUCCUCCAAGAACUGAAACUGCUGGUUCAGUUAAAGCUUGUCAUAGAGCUGGUAUCAAUGUUCAUAUGUUAACUGGUGAUCAUCCAGGUACUGCUAAAGCUAUUGCUCAAGAAGUUGGUAUUUUACCUUCUAAUUUAUACCAUUAUUCUGAAGAUGUUGUUAAAGCUAUGUGUAUGACUGCCAAUGAAUUUGAUUCCUUAACUGAUGAAGAAAUUGAUAACUUACCUGUAUUACCUUUAGUUAUUGCUAGAUGUGCUCCUCAAACUAAAGUUAGAAUGAUUGAUGCUUUACAUAGAAGAGGUAAAUUCUGUGCUAUGACUGGUGAUGGUGUUAAUGAUUCACCAUCUUUGAAAAAAGCCGAUGUUGGUAUUGCUAUGGGUCUUAAUGGUUCUGAUGUUGCCAAAGAUGCUUCUGAUAUUGUUUUGACUGAUGAUAACUUUGCUUCCAUUUUAAAUGCUAUUGAAGAAGGUAGAAGAAUGAGUGCAAACAUCCAAAAAUUUGUUUUACAAUUAUUAGCUGAAAAUGUUGCUCAAGCCCUUUAUUUAAUGAUCGGUUUAGCUUUUAUUGAUGAUUCAGGAUUCUCCGUUUUCCCAUUAUCUCCAGUUGAAGUUUUAUGGAUUUUAGUGGUUACUUCAUGUUUCCCAGCUAUGGGUUUAGGUCAAGAAAGAGCUAGUGAAGAUAUCUUAACUAAACCUCCAAAUAAUGUUAUUUUCACUUGGGAAGUUAUUAUUGAUAUGUUAGCUUAUGGAUUCUGGAUGGCUGUCAGUUGUCUUUUAUGUUAUGUGGUUAUUGUUUUCGGUAAAGGUGAUGGAUACUUAGGUGUUGAUUGUAAUUCAACUUCAGCAUCUGUUGAAAGUUGUAAAUUAGUUUUCCAAGGUAGAGCUGCCUCAUUUGCUAAUAUGACAUGGUGUGCUUUAAUUUUAGCUUGGGAAUGUGUUCAUCCAACCAAUUCAUUAUUCUACAUGAGACAAGACACCGAUUUACCAUGGUACAAACAAACCGCUAAAGACUUAUGGGCCAAUCAAUUCUUAUUCUGGUCAGUUAUUGCCGGUAUUGUAACUGUUUUCCCAGUUAUCUAUAUUCCAGUUAUCAACCACAAAGUCUUUUUACAUACCACUAUUGGUUAUGAAUGGGGUGUCGCUGUUGGAUUUUCAAUCUGUUUCCUUUUAGGAGCUGAAUUCUGGAAAUGGUGUAAAAGAAUGUAUUUAAGAGGAGGUAAAAAGGUUCAAAAUCCAGAAUAUGAUUUGGAAAGAAACGAUCCUUUCCAAAGAUAUGCAUCCUUCUCAAGACAAAACACUAUGGACCCCCAAAUGUUAUCAUAA